UAAUGAGCCCAUAGAUAUCCGUCUUACGGUUAGAUUAUUUAAAGGAUAAGAGUGAACAAGGCCAGCAAUUUGCAUUAGUUAACUUGAUACUACCUUGCAACGAUUUUGAGCGAACAGAGAGAAACGUGUUAAGGUUCUGAAUCUUAGCAUCCAAGAUAAAUCGUUGACCUCAUUUCCAUUGCUUGUAUUCUUUGUUAUUUAGUAUACCAGGAACCUUGCUCGAUCAUUCAGUUUAGUCCAUUUGCAUGAUGGCCAAGCACUCUGUUACUUUUCCCAUGGUCCAGAGACUCGUUGAACGAGGCUUUUGGGCCGUGUUAAAGCAAUUGAUAGUCGGUAUUUGUGUAGGAUGCUUUAUUGCAGCCACAUAUUGGGAAUUAAAGGCAUAUUCAGAGCAUCCAACUUUCACAAGCAGCGAGUUUGUGGCCAUUUCGGAUCUGGAGUUUCCCGCUGUCUCCAUUUGCGACAACCAUUUCAAGUAUGGCGAAAUUUCAAGCGAUUUGAAUUUCCCGCCUCCCUUUCCGUUUGUUCGAGACCUGAGCAAAGUUAUGAUCUAUCCAGAAACAGUUUAUGACAAAUUGUUCUCCUUUGGAGGAAACGUGUCUUUUUUUAUAAAUAAUUACUACUUCUCGAUUACGGAUAUGUUGUUCAAAUGCCAGAUUGGCGGAAUGGAUUGUAAACCCCCUACCAAUGGUGAAAGUCAACCUCAACCUCAAUCCAUGGCGGUUUCAGGUGGAUGGUGGAUUUCUACUCUUAUGGCAGAUUCGGAUAAGGGUACCAACUUUAUGUGUCACACCCUUUACUCCAAUGUGACAAUGUCCCUCAACACUGAAAAUGGAAAUUCACUUUUGAUGGCAUGGAAAAGAGAUGUUUUCUCAGGUCGAUCCAAUUUCUGGAGUAUCUACGUUCAUGACAGGCAUGAAACCGUCUUGUUGGAAACCUAUAGAAUGGGCAACAUGCCUGUUUUCCACUUCACCAAGGCUAAAACCUCUGGAGGUUCGGACGCCAAGUUAAAGGCUCAACUUGGGGUCAAAAAGCUUUUGAAUGAGAAGACCAAACAUCACCCAUGCGAAGAAUCGGAUUCGUACAGCUUGAAUACUUGUAAAGUUGUUCAUGCUUGGAAACAAAGAUUUAAAAAAAUGAAGACCUUUUAUCAAGAGGACUUUCGAUGUCAAAUCCCAGGUAUUGAUGCUCUGGACUUGGCCUUGCCCGUUUGUGACAUUUUUCAAAAGACCAAUAUCGAUGAGCCACUGGGCCUCAUUGAUCUGGUUAAUCCUAGUUCUGACAUUGUCACCAAGUUCAAUUACAGUGACAAGUUGAAAACCGACCACCUUGACUAUACGUUGGCCAAACCUCCCAUCGGGUCCGAAUUGACUUCCGGAUUGUGCCAAGAGCGUUGUUCGUCCUUCUCCUACAGCCUGGCCUUGAAGAAUAUCGGCCAAAGGGACGAGUUGAUGUACGAUUUUGACGUUCACUUAUAUUUUGGAUCAAACAUGGUCGAAUUAUGGACCCGUAGAGAAACAAUCACUUUUUUGUCCAUGCUCUCAAAUGUUGGCGGAAUGUUGGGAUUGCUCCUGGGGGCAUCAGUUAUGGCCACCCUCACGAGUUUGGUCCAAUCUUGCCAUGCUAUUUGGAAACAAUCUAAAUAAUAACUGACAUAACUGGCAUUUGUUACUUUUUGAUCGGCUGAGCUGAAAUUUUUCUCCUUGAUUUUUGAAACUGGCCCACAUAUUUUGAACGUUCCAACUCCAGGUCAACUCUAGAACCAGAAGGUUAAGAACACAGAGGGAGGGGUUUUUCCUGUUUGUUUGCACAACCCGGACACAAGGCUUGGUUUUCAGGAUUUCACGAAACAGAGGCUUCGACGACAAGGACAGCUGUUUGGGAGCCCCUAUCAGCACAAGUUUACAUUUGUAUGAUCCGUGAUUUGUUUCAAGUGAAUUUGCUACUAUUAUUUCAAGUCUAAGCUCUUUUGGAACACACAAUCGCCAGAAGAAAUCGGAAAUAUGAUACUCCCAACCUGGAAAUCAAACUGAGAAAUAAAGGGUUAAAUUCAUUCGA